AAAUAUCGAUAACUUUCCCAUCACUAAUUCGCACAUAUCAAAUUGUGUUUUAAUAUGACCUUAGCUUUAGACAUAAUGAACAAUCUAAAACAUAUAAUUGCAUCUAUAAAACUGAACCGGUCAAUUUUGCUGUCCUUGAGUCCCAGUUGUGUUUUAAAAACGAAAAGUUUAUGUACUUACCGGAUAUUUUCCUCCUAUUCCGGUAAAUCAGAAGACCAUUGUAAUGUUGGAACUAUUGGUCAUGUUGAUCAUGGUAAAACAACAUUGACAGCUGCAAUAACAAAAGUGUUGUCGAAAGAAGGACGAGCAAAUUAUAUUUCUUAUGAUCAGAUUGAUCGUGCACCCGAGGAAAAAGCUAGAGGCAUUACCAUCAAUGCGGCUCAUAUUGGAUACAGUACUACAAAACGGCACUACGCUCAUACUGACUGUCCAGGUCAUGCCGAUUACGUUAAGAAUAUGAUAUCUGGAGCAUCUCAAAUGGAUGGAGCAAUCUUAGUUGUAGCUGCGACCGAUGGCCAAAUGCCACAAACAAGAGAGCACUUGCUGCUGGCACGACAGGUUGGCAUUGAUAAAAUUGUUGUAUUCAUCAACAAAUCAGAUCAAGUAGACCAGGAAGUGAUAGAAUUGGUAGAAAUUGAGCUACGAGAACUACUAGAAGACUUCGGUUUUGAUGGAAUCAAUAGUCCUGUGGUAACUGGUUCAGCAUUACUCGCUUUACAAGGAGAUAACUCAGAACUAGGGGAACCGUCUAUACAACGGCUACUAAAAGUAAUUGAUGAUUACUUCCCGACACCUACGAGGGAUUUUAAAUCACCAUUUCUCCUGCCUAUUGACAAUGCUUUUACCGUACCUGGAAGAGGUACUGUUGUCAUUGGCACUCUUGCUAGGGGCACAAUAAAGAAAAAUGUUGAGGCAGAAUUACUCGGCUUCGACGAGCAUAUUAAAACUACCAUUGGAGGUCUUCAAGUUUUCCAAAAAGAUGUCAAUCAGGCCAAAGCUGGCGACAACAUAGGUGCUUUAUUGAGAAAUGUGAAAAUUUCUGCGGUUCAACGAGGUAUGCUUCUGUGUGCCGCAGGAAGUGAAAAAGUAUCUAAUCAUUUUAAUUGUACGAUCUAUCUGCUGGCAAAAAAUGAAGGUGGUCGCUCUAAACCAUUGACAUCUAAAUAUAUACAACAACUUUUUAGUAAAACGUGGAAUGUUCCUUGUCGGGUAGAUCUAGUCAGUCAGGAAAUGCUUAUGCCCGGAGAUCAUGGUGCUAUUCGACUUACACUUUUGAGAAAAAUGGUUAUGUCUUGCGGACAAACAUUUACCAUACGGGAGAAUGGUAAAACAGUCGCCACUGGGAUUGUAACCGAAGUUCUCGACUCAGUAGAUCUUCCACAAAAAAAAUUAAUUAAACUACAAUUGGUUAGUCUGUGACCUUUUUCCGGUAUAACGUAUAGCAAAUUCAUGUAAAUACCCACAGUACCUAGCUGGUAAAAUUACAUCGGAAUAAACAAUGUCAAUAUGAAUUUGUUUCAAAA